CAGCCUUUCUCCUGCUCUGCUCUUUUUGCAUCUGCCUUGGAUCCUAUAACCUGAACUUUCUGACAAAUCAAGCCAAAUUAUUUCAAUCCAAAAACAGGCAUCAAAUUCACGAUGUGUGUGAGUCUAUAAAAUCAAGUCUUACACAAAGCCGGCAGUGAGAGAGUUCAUACUGAUGAAACAUUUAGUUAUUACGUUUAGUGAUAGAGCAGUGGAGCAGUGCAGCAGCAUCAUUCUGAUAGAGCAGUGGAGCAGUGGAGCAGCAGCAGGUAUUUUCUACAUGCAUUAUACAAAAUCUUGCUUAUUUAUUCAAUUCAUUUAUGUUGUGGGGGCUAUGUGUGUGUGUGUGUGUGUGUGUGUGUGUGUGUGUGUGUGUGUGUGUGUGUGUGUUUGCACAGUCAUUCUGAUAGAGCAGUGGAGCAGUGGAGCAGUGGAGAAGCAUCAUUCUGAUAGAGCAGUGGAGCAGUGGAGCAGUGGAGCAGCAGUAGGUAACAUGGCUCACAACUGUAAUGAGAACCCUGAGAAACCACAGAUGGAUCAGCCAGAACCAGUAGAUACUCCAGAAGAAGACAACAAGCCCAGUAAAAGAUUUUAUGACACAAGUAACAGUGACAUUGACAGCACUGGAAAGCAAAUACUACCAGAGCGAAAUAAGAUGAGUAGCAACUGUGAUGAGCUGCAUGAGCAGUUCCAGACAGAUCAGUCAAAGCCAAUGAAUACUGUACCAGAAGCUGAAAAGCCCAGUACAAGUUCAGAAGAUAAAACAAAUCAAAGGGAAACCUCAGAAGAUCAAAGGAUUGAUGGAAAUAUAAAACCUGUAUUGCUUGGGAACAAAUUCCUUAUUCAUGUAACUGGAAAAACAUUGAAUUCUCAUAACAAUUUCAUGGAUUGGCUAAAAAAUAGCACACCCUGGCUGCAGGAGGUGGAAACAGUGGAUGAGUGUGAUUUCAUUCUGGUUUUCUGCCCUGUUGUGUCACGAGCUGGAACUGACAUUGAAGCAGCAGAGAAAAGUCUUCAUAACAUUUCAGCCACAAAACCUGCUGUUCUGGUGGUGCUCCAUCACACCUCUCAUCCAGAGUGUGUAGUAUCAGACAGCAGCAGAGCUGCUAAAAGAGAGAAUAUGAUCACAUAUGACUGUCUGUUCCAUGAAGAUCACGGAUUACUGCAAUGCAAGAGGAAUGCUGAUGUCAUCAACAAUAUUAAAACACAGACAAAAACACAAACAAAGAAAGAGAAUCCUGCAAUAGACUCACGACGCGAAAAAAAUAGUAAAGAAAGUGAACAAGGGACACAGAUGAGUAGCAACUGUGAAGAGCCGCAAGAGCAGUUCCAGACGGAUCAGUCAAAGCCAAUGAAUACUGUACCAGAAGCUGAAAAGCCCAGUACAAUUUCAGAAGAUAAAACAAAUCAAAGGGAAACCUCAGAAGAUCAAAGGAUUGCUGAAAAUAUAAAACCUGUAUUGCUCGGAAACAAGUUCUUUAUUCAUGUAACCGGAAAAACAUUGAAUUCUCAUAAAGAAUUUAUGGAUCAGCUAAAAAAUAGCACACCCUGGCUGCAGGAGGUGGAAACAGUGGAUGAGUGUGAUUUCAUUCUGGUUUUCUGCCCUGUUGUGUCACGAGCUGGAACUGACAUUGAAGCAGCAGAGAAAAGUCUUUAUAAAAUUUCAGCCACAAAACCUGCUGUUCUGGUGGUGCUCCAUUACACGUUUGAUCCAGAGUGUGUAGUAUCAGACAGCAGCAGAACUGCUAAAAGAGAGAAUAUGAUCACAUAUGACUGUCUGUUCCAUGAAGAUCGGGGAUUACUGCAAUGCAAGAGGAAUGCUGAUGUCAUCAACAAUAUUAAAACACAGAUAAAACCACAAACAAAGAUCCAGAACCGAAUCAUGGUCUCUAUAGAGCGGCUUAAUUGGAAUAAUAAAAGUGAACAGAGAUCUUCUACACGUAAAGAGAAUCCUGCAAUAGACGAAGAAAUAGGCGAAGAAAUUAGAGAACAAAGUGAACAAGGGACACAGGAGACAGGUGGAACUUUUUGGAGCUCUUUCGUUAAAUGUUUGCUGACUGUGUGGUUCUGGAUCUGGAAUCUAUUACAUUGUAAUUGCAGAAAGUACGAAAGCUUAGAAGAACCAAAAAACCCGGAACAAGAUCUGGAGAAAAAUGCGUAUGAAAAUGUAAAAGGUUCUAUAAUUCCAGAAUCUCCACUGAGGUUAGUGAUGUUGGGAAGAAAGGACUCUGGAAAAAGUUCAGCAAGAAACAUCAUCCUGGGCAUAGAGGAGAAGAUCCAGGCUGCUGCAACUGCAGCUACAUCUACAUCCACCCAGCAGAGUGAGAGCACACUGGGGGAGGUGGCUGGGAAGAAGGUAAUUGUGGUGGAGACUCCUGACUGGUUCUGUCCUGAACUUUCUCUGGAGAAAGUAAGAGAAGAUGUAGAUCACUGUGUCCAGAUGUCCUCUUCAGGACCCCAUGCCUUCCUCCUGGUCAUACCAGUGAUGCAUUCCACAAACAAAGUUCAUAUAGAAGAUGAAUUAAAAGUGAUUAUUCCAAAGAUGGAGGAGAUGUUUGGGGAAAGAUGUUGCAGGAACACCAUAAUUCUUUUUACUGUUACUGAUGAACAUCAGAGAAAAAAUACUGAGAUUUUAAUCCAAUCAGAAAAUGAGGAGGUCCAGACCCUUUUAGAGAAAUGUGGGAACAGGUUUUUCUGUCUCAACAUUAAGGAGAGUGGAGGUGGUUCACAAGUUUCUGAGUUGUUUGAAAAGAUAGAGAAGAUGGUGAACGGAAGUGAGUGUAACAUGGCUGAUAACUGUAAUGAGAACCCUGAGAAACCACAGAUGGAUCAGCCAGAACCAGUGGAUACUCCAGAAGAAGACAAAAAGCCCAGUACAAGUUUUGAUGACACAAGUAACAGUGACAGCACUGGAAAAAUGCUUUUAAUAAAGGAAGCAGAAUUAAGUGUGAACAAAGAGUUAAUUAUUACAACAGAACUGCGGUUGGUGCUUGUGGGGGAGAGUGGAUCUGAUAAGACUGCAGCAAAAAACACUAUCCAGGGCAGAGAGGAGGUGAACCUGGCUACAACAUCUACAGCUACAGCCACAGAGCAGAGUCAGAGCACACAUGCUUCAGCUGGAAGGAAGGUGAUCAUGGUGGACAAUCUUGAUGGGUCCUCUCCUGAAAUUCAGGAAGUGAAACAGUGUGUGGGACCACAAGCUUUCCUUCUGGUUAUACCUGUAAAGAAUUCAGAAGACAAAGUGCACAAUGUAGAUGAAACACAAGUGUCACCUGAAACAAUGGAGGAGAUUUUUGGAAAAAAAUGUUGGUCCAACACCAUGAUCCUUUUCACUGUUUCUGAUAAACUUCAGGAGAGACACAUUGAAGAGUUUAUCCAAUCAGGAGAUCUGAACACCAGGAGACUUGUAGAAAAAUGUGGGAACAGGUUUCACUGUCUUAACAUUAAGGACAGUGGAGAUGGUUCUCAGGUUUCAGAACUGCUAGAAAAAAUAGAAAAGAUGCUCAACAGAAACAAAAAUGCAAUUGAGAUUUCUCAGAUGAUUAAAGAUAUGGAGAGAGAACGCCAGGAGAAAGAUGCACCAAUCAGACAAGUGGAACUUAAAAUGGAGAAUAAACUUAAAGCCAUAGAGGAGAAUAUUAAGAAAUAUGCAGAAGAUCUAAAAGAGUUAGAGACACGACAGAUUGUUCCUGGAAAUAAGGAAAUGGUUUCCAAGUUGAAAGAGAAACAUGAGUUAAUGAAGGAAAUUGGAGAGAAUAUAAAGGAAAUGUAUGGCAGAGGUGCAGGGCUGGAAGAAAGACAGUUUAUUAGAGUUAUUUUGCCAGAAAACCAGCAGCCUAUAUGGAUUUCACUGCCAAAUCAACAGACUGUAAAUUCUGAAAAGGACAAAGUGUUAGCCCAACUUGAAGAAUUGUUCUCAAAGACCAUAGGAGAGAAACAUGAAAAUAAAAAAGAUUUUCAGAAAUUCUGCUACGAGUACAAGCAAGAUUUCAUGAAAAAGCUCGGGUUCCUUCUGCCAGACAUCCGUGGAGAACAAUUAAAAAUCUUUAAGAAUUUGAUCACAUUCAAUAAUAAGUCUGAGUCCACAAAGUUUAUUGUCCAAAGUCUGCCUCAAACAUCAAAUGGCCCAUGUUCCUGCAUUCUGGUGUAUGACAAUGAAUGCAGUGAACCGAUCUGUUUUACUCCUCCAUCAAAGCCAGAAUGUCCAAAAAUCGAGUGUGUCACUGAUCACAAUGUAACAGUAAAAAUGGGUUCUCCGUGUGCUGCUACACUGCAGAGGAAGCUACUGUACAAAAUGAAACUAGAGAAAGACUGGAAAUCUCAGCCUGUGGAUCAGGAUGUAAUCACACUGACAGAUCUUAAAGAAGGCACUGAUUAUGAAAUAAAAUGUGGAGCAGUAGGAAAACUUGACUACAUGGUUGAAAGUGACAUAAACACUGUUACAACUACACUGUCUGUGGUAAAACCCCAGAUGGAACCAAAGUCAACUGAAAGUGAAUCAACCCAGCAGAAAAUUGGUAACAUGGUUCACAACUGUAAUGAGAACCCUGAGAAACCACAGAUGGAUCAGUCAGGAUCAGUGGAUUCUCCAGUAGAAGACAAAAAGCCCAGUACACGUUUUGAUGACACAAGUAACAGUGGCAGCACUGAAAAGCAAAUACUACCAGAGCGAAAUAAGAUGAGUAGCAACUGUGAAGAGCCGCAUGAGCAGUUCCAGACGGAUCAGUCAAAGCCAAUGAAUACUGUACCAGAAGGUGAAAAGCCCAGUACAAGUUCAGAAGAUAAAACAAAUCAAAGGAAAACCUCCAAAGAUCAAAAGAUUGCUGGAAAUAUAAAACCUGUAUUGCUCGGGAACAAGUUCUUUAUUCAUGUAACUGGGAGAACAUUGAAUUCUCAUAAAGAAUUUAUGGAUCAGCUAAAAAAGAGCACACCCUGGCUGCAGGAGGUGAAAACAGUGGAUGAGUGUGAUUUCAUUCUGGUUUUCUGUCCUGUUGUGUCACAAGCUGGAAAUGACAUUAAAGCAGCAGAGAAAAGUCUUCAUAACAUUUCAGCCACAAAACCUGCUGUUCUGGUGGUGCUCCAUCACACGUUUGAUCCAGAGUGUGUAGUAUCAGACAGCAGCAGAACUGCUAAAAGAGAGAAUAUGAUCACAUAUGACUGUCUGUUCCAUGAAGAUCGGGGAUUACUGCAAUGCAAGAGGAAUGCUGAUGUCAUUAACAAUAUUAAAACACAAAUAAAAACACAAACAAAGAUACAGAUCCCAUUCUUGGACCUUACAGAGUGGUCAAAUAUUAAUAAUAAAAGUGAACAGAGAUCUUCUACACGUAAAGAGAAUCCAGCAAUAGACUCACGACACAAAGAAAUUAAUGAACAAAAUAAACAAGGGACACAGCCAUGUACCACAUUUGAAAGCCAGAAACAAGCACGUGAAUUUAGAAAUGCUGUCGGAUUUUCAACUACAGAUAUUUUAUCUGAGAACAUUAAACAACUGGAAAACGUAAAAAAAGAACUUUUAAAAAAGGAAGCAGAAUUAAGUGUGAACAAAGAGUUAAUUAUCACAACAGAACUGCGGUUGGUGCUUGUGGGGGAGAGUGGAUCUGAUAAGACUGCAGCAAAAAACAUUAUCCAGGGCAGAGAGGAGGUGAACCUGGCUACAACAUCUACAGCUACAGCCACAGAGCAGAGUCAGAGCACACAUGCUUCAGCUGGAAGGAAGAUGAUCAUGGUGGACAAUCUUGAUGGGUCUUCUCCUGAAAUUCAGGAAGUGAAACAGUGUGUGGGACCACAAGCUUUCCUCCUGGUCAUACCUGUAAAGAAUUCAGAAGACAAAGUGCACAAUGUAGAUGAAACACAAAUGUCACCUGAAACAAUAGAGGAGAUUUUUGGAAAAAAAUGUUGGUCCAACACCAUGAUCCUUUUCACUGAUUCUGAUAAACUUCAGGAGAGACAAAUCGAAGAGUUUAUCCAAUCAGGAGAUCUGAGGACCAGGAGACUUGUAGAAAAAUGUGGGAACAGGUUUCACUGUCUUAACAUUAAGGACAGUGGAGAUGGUUCUCAGGUUUCAGAACUGCUAGAAAAAAUAGAAAAGAUGCUCAACAGAAACAAAAAUGCAAGUGAGAUUUCUCAGAUGAUUAAAGAUAUGGAGAGAGAACGCCAGGAGAAAGAUGCAUCAAUCAGACAAGUGGAACUUGAAAUGGAGAAUAAACUUAAAGCCAUAGAGGAGAAUAUUAAGAAAUAUGCAGAAGAUCUAAAAGAGUUAGAGACACGACAGAUUGUUCCUGUAAAUAAGGAAAUGAUUUCCAAGUUGAAAGAGAAACAUGAGUUAAUGAAGGAAAUUGGAGAGAAUAUAAAGGAAAUGUAUGGCAGAGCUGCAAGGCUGGAAGAAAGACAGUUUAUUAGAGUUAUUUUGCCAGAAAACCAGCAGUCUAUAUGGAUUUCACUGCCAAAUCAACAGACCGUAAAUUCUGAAAAGGUGUUAGCCCAACUUAAAGAAUUGUUCUUAAAGACCAUAGGAGUAAAACAUUAAAAAAAUAAAUAAAUUGUGAAGAUGAAGAUGAUUAAUAUUUCGUUGAUAUAUACCUGAUAAGAGGUAGAUUGCAGCAGAGGUCAUGAAUAUCUGUUAGCGAGUCAAAUAUCUUACAUGUGAAGGAAGUAAUCAAACAUUCACUAGUCUCUAAAAUUGUUGAAG